AUGGACAGCGAGAUAGAGACUCCGAAAUAUAAUAUGCACCCAGUCUCUGUCCUGACAAAAUGCAUAUGUCGACUGCUGCAGAAUGGACUCAUUUUACCCAAAGUGAUCGUCAACCAGAAUAGUGAGGGACGAGGCGAGCCACUGGAACACAAAGCACAUCAGUUAAUGCAACUUAUCUUACAGCAAUAUCAACGGCUGAAACAUGCUAACAAAGUGAAAACAGAAGAAAUGGACAGCGAGAUAGAGGCUCCGAAAUAUAAUAUGCACCUAGUCUCUGUCCUGACAAAAUGCAUAUGUCGACUGCUGCAGAAUGGACUCAUUUUACCCAAAGUGAUCGUCAACCAGACACUGAUCAUGAAGCUGUACGUCAAAUGGAAGAGAGAGAGAGAGAGAGAGAGCGUGUUGACCGAGGCGGUAUCUGUUCUCAAUAGUCUUCUUAACACGACAGAUCAACAAGGCCCUCUCUCGACAAAAUGCUACGUCCUCAAAGAAAAACUGAGUGAGGGACGAGGCGAGCCACUGGCACAAUUAGCACAUCAAUUAAUGCAACUUAUUUUACACCAAUAUCAACGGCUGAAACAUGCCAACAAAAUGAAAACAGAAGAAAUGGACAGCUACAUGGAGGCUCCGAAAAAUAAUAUGCACCUAGUCUCUGUCCUGACAAAAUGCGUAUGUCGACUGCUGCAGAAUGGACUCAUUUUACCCAAAGUUAUCGUCAACCAGAAACCAAUGAAACAGCUUGAAAAGCUGGCUGUGAGCAAUAAUGGCCUCGUUGAUUCCUUGAAAGAAUCUCUUCAAAACUGCAGUGCUGAAAACCAUACGGAUCUUGUUUCCGCCUUAAGUCUGGUAUAUGGAUUGGUAGCGUUUAGAUUGAAUGAAGACAUUAAUAAUGAAAGUGUACGUCAAAUGGAAGAGAGGGAGAGCGUGUGGACCGAGGCGGUAUCUGUUCUCAUUAGUCUUCUUAACGCGACAGAUCAACAAGGCCCUCUCUCGACAAAAUGCUACGUCCUCAAAGAAAAACUGAGUGAGGGACGAGGCGAGCCACUGGAACAAUUAGCACAUCAGUUAAUGCAACUUAUCUUACAGCAAUAUCAACGGCUGAAACAUGCUAACAAAGUGAAAACAGAAGAAAUGGACAGCGACAUGGAGGCUCCGAAAUAUAAUGUCCAACUAGUCUCUGUCCUGACAAAAUGCGUAUGUCGACUGCUGCAGAAUGGACUCAUUUUACCCAAGGUGAUCGUCAACCAGAAACCAAUGAAAGAGCUUGAAAAGCUGGCUGUGAGCAAUAAUGGCCUCGUUGAUUCCUUGAAAGAAUCUCUUCAAAACUGCCGUGCUGAAAACCAUACGGAUCUUGUUUCCGCCUUAAGGGACAUACGUAAUCUAACAGUGGGUAGCCCGAAACAGAAAAAAGCUAUGCAUAUUUUGGAUGUCACUGAAUUUCUGGUGCAUGGAUUGGUAGCGUUUAGAUUGAAUGAAGACAUUAAUAAUGAAAGUGUACGUCAAAUGAAAGAGAGGGAGAGCGUGUGGACCGAGGCGGUAUCUGUUCUCAUUAGUCUUCUUAACGCGACAGAUCAACAAGGCCCUCUCUUGACAAAAUGCUACGUCCUCAAAGAAAAGCUGAGUGAGGGACGAGGCGAGCCACUGGAACAAUUAGCACAUCAGUUAAUGCAACUUAUCUUACAGCAAUAUCAACGGCUGAAACAUGCUAACAAAGUGAAAACAGAAGAAAUGGACAGCGACAUGGAGGCUCCGAAAUAUAAUGUCCAACUAGUCUCUGUCCUGACAAAAUGCGUAUGUCGACUGCUGCAGAAUGGACUCAUUUUACCCAAAGUGAUCGUCAACCAGGACGGCAGCGAUGGCAUCCAAUCUUCUAUGGCUGAAUGUAACAUCGUCAACCACUAUAUGGCUGGCUUGUGUGAUUUGCUUCUGUUGAGCAGUGGCAACACAAUGAACACCGCCGACAAUGAAGUAGCAGUUAAUAUACUCUCAGUUCUAUCUUCAAUCUGUGACGACACGAAAGCUACUAACCUAUCAUCAGCAUCGUCGUCAUCGCCUUUGCCGAAUAAACUGGAUUCUAAAAGAGAUCGCAACUUGAGGCAAAACUUGGUGUGCAGCUAUAAUUGUGUUUUACAAUGUAUUCCCAUGCUUCUAUCGUCACAAAAGCGCACAGUAUUCGACUCUGCCUUGAGAUUUGUGCUGAGUGCAACAGAAGAGAACCCUCAGACAUCACAACUGUUUGUCAAGCAAAUCAACACGAUGGAUCUGGAGGAUAUAAGGGACGAUGUUGAAGGAGAAGUAGAAGGAAGGGAGUCGAGUUGUGUGUCUAUCAUCUGCAACCAGCUCAGAUGGGAUAGAAGCAGAGACUCCCAACUUCUCUGCUGUAAAGUACUCAUAUCCCUCCUACACUCUAAAGCACUACAGCAACAGUGGCCCAAGUUCGCCUACAAAGUACUGCCUACUCUGGUACGACUGAGCAAGACUGACUGUAGUUUGAAACAGAGGACGGUGGCGGCCCAGUUGAUACAUGGUCUAAUUAGAAACAGUGUAUGCCUACAAAGAAGUGCGCUCAAUACUGACCACCUGUUGUUGUUGAUGGUCAGUCCUCUUGACAAUACAGAAAAGGACGAGAUUCCAUGUGAGGUAAGAGAGUUUCUGCGGUUCAUAACUGUUAAAACCCUUGUUUAA